AUGGAAGUUGAGGCCCUACUUGACCACCCAAGGUUGGGGAAGACGGGAACCUUUGCGUCCACACGCGCGUACUCGGACGCGCCGAGCCCUGUUAUUGAGUUGAAGGGACUUGGAACCCUUGGACUUCCGCUAAGCUCUCGCACCGCAGCUGCGCUAUGCGCCUAUGGAAGCGACGCCCAUCCGAAUGGCAGUGAUGUGGAGAGCGCUUGUAAUCUAACGGUCUCAACGGACACUUGUCUGCAUCGAGAGAUCGAGGAGAGUAAGGUCAUAUUCCAUAACGCCAGGUGGAUUGCCUUCCUUGAAAAGGCUUGCUUAGCUGUACGAUUAACACUGGGAAUCCUGGCCAAGACAAAAUGUCAGCUCUCCCGACUGCUCUUCCAGGAGCCAGGGAAGUGCAUUCAGUACCGCAUAGCUAGGGCCUUCUCCGCGCAGUCCACGCAAGUCGUCGGAAGGAUCGCCAUUGCUCUACCUGCUCAGUACGCGGGCGGCGACGCAGAGGUCAUCCACGGCAAUGACAUGAUCCAAUGUUCCCCCGAGUUGCACGGUGCCUUCGCUACAAGUGUCAUCGCCUGGCGGACCGACGCGACGACCAAACUUGGGCCCCUCACACAAGGCUGUCGCAUCCUCCUCACAUUCGAUCUUACAGCAGACGUUGAGCCUUCGAAGGCAUUGCUGCCCGUCAACAACAAACUCCUCUCACUACUACGCCGAUGUUUGUCCACAUGGGCAGACUCACGGGGCCGGGGUGACGUUCCCUUCAAAAACAUAUCUCUCCUCCCCAACCGCCACAAAUAUCCUCGUAUGAAUCUCCGGGCGAGCGCCCUCAAAGGCACGGCUGCGCGGCUGGUCUCCAUAGUCGAGGAGCUCGCCCUGCCUCUCGGCUUCCGUCUCGGCCUCGCGAGCGUAACGUUGCGCAAGUCCCUGGCGGGGUAUGAAAACAGGAACCGAGGCAGCCCGGGCUACGGCGACAUCGAGGAGCCGGAAGAAGUAGAUUAUAUGAGGUCUGUCGAGAUCAAGAACCUUGUCAGUCUUCAGGGAGAACUCCUGCUACAAACCGUCUCAAUGGAGAGCGAGGAGGGCGGGAUGGUCCCCCGUGGCUGGGAUUACAGGUUCUGGGAUUGGGACGAGUCGGACGAAUCGGAAGAAGAUUACGACCAUCCAGGCGACGACGCGGAGUAUGCUCUUAUUCAUCUUGCGUCUCACAGGGCGGCUUUGGUCAUAUGGCCGGCCUGGGCGAACCGCGCCAUGUUCGAUUCGGAAGACUUUGCGCGCGCCCUAGGCGUCGUCAAAGAUAUCCAAUCAUCCCGCCCUAGCGCGGAAGAGCUGGAAGCCCUCGAGGCAGUCUUAACCCACGCACUCCCAGCAAAUGCCCCGUCAGUGCUGCCCGCCGUAGCUCGUGUCGCGUUGAGGUGGAAAGAUGUCUCACUAUGGCUCCGCGCGGUUCAGGCGUACGACGGGGACACUUCGGUGCGGGCCUCAGGCUUAGCAGAUGUCGACGCAGCCUACAAAACCUUUGGGUUCGGAGAGGUGCAAGCAGUAAUCGACCGCGCCCUUAGUGGAGAAGCAUCGACCCUCACAGCGCUCGACUUCUUGCAGAAGAUCCGCACAUGGAUAUCCGAGGACACCGCAGAUAGUACUCUAGAGAACUUUGUCCUCCUCCAGCUUGGCAAAAUCCUCACCGAAUUCAAGGAGCCACAGGCGGACGAUGUACCGCGGCUACUAGAGGCCGCACACGAUUACGGAGGCGACGACUUCCUGGAAACUGUUGUCAUUCCUCGACUCAAGACCUUCAACAAUUCUGCUCUGCUCGAUGCAUGUUUGGCCCAUAUCCAUACCAUGACCGGUCGCGUUCACCCUGAGGUGUCCCGCCGUCUAGUCGAGGACAUCCUGAUGACGUUCCUGUCCCCCCUCGAUAUUUACAGCGUCGAUGAUAAGGACCCUAUCGAACACUGCGUCCGGCGUUGCACCCGUGUCGGGCGGAGCGAUCUAUGCGCACCAUUAUUCGCACGUUUGGCGACACUGCCGACAACAUGGGACAUUAGCUGGCGGCAGGCCUUUUUGGAGAAGGUGCUGCUUCCGUUCCUCCUGUCUGUCGACAGCGGCUUGGGCAUCUCACCGUGCCUUUCGGAUCUGGUUCCUCCCCGGAGACUCGUAGUUUCGACUCUCUUGGAGGCCGUCCAAACCCCACCUUUCCUCGACCCUUCGAAGGUGUCUACCCUCACGGACCUAGUUGAAGCUGGAGCCCCGUGGGAGCCCUGUCUGUCGAAUAUCCUAUCAACGCUCUCAUCGGUUCAUCUCGACCGCGCUCCACUCCAGGAGCUACUUCGAGCGUUACUUAAAGGGCAUCGUGAGCUCAUCACGAGUUUGUCAACUAGCGAACUAAGCAAACACGUCCGUGCGCUGGUCGACCACUACCUGGCCACGGUCAUUCCCGAGUCCCGGGCACCCAUUGCCCUAGACCCAUCGGCCACCCAGCAGCUCGUUGACUCCGUCGAGCUAUGCCUUGAUCUCGGGCUCCCAGAAGCAAGUUCGGCCCAUAUUAGCCACAUCCUCUCCUCUGCGGCUCUCAACAGGGAACCCCAAGAACUACGAGAGUUUCUCUUGAUCCUCGUCCCUUCCCUCCGUGCCGCGCUCCUCACUCACCAACAAUCUCCCACGUCCGAGCUCUGGACCCCCGUCUUCCGCCGGAUCAUCAUGCGCUGGCUUCUCGAUGUCAUGGGGGCUUGUCCGGACGACUUCGACCACGUCAAAUCGAUGCUACAAGACGCUCUGUCGACCUGGACCUGCAACUGCGCCCCGUGUUCUUCCGCCAAGACAUUCCUGAGCGAGAGCACCGACACGACCACGGUGUUGGAACGCAUAGGACGGCAGCGACAGCACAUCGAAAAAAUGCUGCAGCAGCACGCAUCGCUGCUUGCUCGAUGGUCGGUCUGGCGCGUCCCGCCUGUCCCGAUGUGCCUUACGCUCACAAAGACCGAGCCUUUAGCUGAGGUCGUCCGAUGGGAGACAUACCGCAAAGAAGGGCUCGAGCUGUUGAAGACCAUCGCUGCCGCCGACGAGGACCGCCAAAAGAUACUCGGCUCGGACGUAGAAUGGGUCUACGAGUUGCUGGUGGACGAUGCGCCUUCGAGAGAACAGGUGCUCAUGCUCGAAGCGGCACCUGCACCUUCCGCGGUCCUUGUCGAGGGGGGUCCAUCAUUGCCUGUCAAGCGACCACGCUCUCCUUCGCCUCUACCCUCUACCCUGGAAGCACUACAAUCGGAUGGUAUGGCAAAUGCGGAACGGCGACCGGUGAAGCGGGAAAGGUCGCAAUCCGUCACGAUCAAAACCGAAAUGGACAUGGAUGUGUCGUAGACCACAUGUCGUGCUGACAGCCGUCAGGGAGAUUGGUAUGCAAACAGUAUUGAUCUUUUC